AUGUCAAAAAAUUUCUGGUCAAACGAAUGGCUUAAAGCACAAACAAAGCUUAGCGAAAUACGCCAGUCUUUGGGAACUUUCCCGUCACCACCUCUACGUAUUAUGCGUGUGAGCCAACUUGAUGCUGACCUGUUAGAUAAUGAACUGUUUGGAAUGUUAAAAGAGCAACUAUUGACUGCUUUUGGACUGUUCUCUCCAAAUUUCAAAGAAACAUUUGAACCUGAAUUAUUAGCCGUACUGCAAUUCGUGCUGUAUCGUUUUUCGAUAUAUGAAAGCGGUGCGACGUAUGGUGCACAACUACAAAAUAUGAAAUAUCGUAAUGAGAAGCGGCAUGUGGGUGGAUUGCAAUCAACUUCUGCCGAUGAACCGUUAUCAAAAUUCCAAAGAAUUAGUUAUGGUGCUUUGACUGUCGGUGGUCAGUAUGUCUGGAUGCGUCUAAACAGACUGAUGACAGCACAAGGAUGGGGUGAAUUGGCUGAGAACGAUAUUCGUAGAGUAUUUUGGAAAUUUAUGCAAAAAGUAGAAAAUAUUUAUCGAACACUUUCUUUGGCGAAUUUUUUGUUUUUCUUGUAUGAUGGCAACGCAAAUGCCUCAAAAUUAAAUAAUCCAUACGAGACCAAUUGCGGACACAAGUAUUGUUAUUAUUGUAUAAAAAGUAAAUUGAUAUUUGAGGACGGAACGUGGCAGUGUUUGAGAUGUGGUGAGGAAGUAAAGAGUGUACAACGAGCAAUUGAAAUUGUGAAUGAUGAUAAUGGAUUUAAUACGAAUCAUGUUGAUGGUAAUGCUGAAUAA